ACACUUAAAGUCUUUCUUCUUUAUCUUUUAAUCUUGGGCUUUUGCAUAUUGCUUCUUCCAGGUUUUGUUUUUUAGAUUCCCAUUUAAUUGUUUCACACAUGUGCCUUUUUCUGUUUUCGAACCUCCGCUUGUUCACCAUUCCCCUCAAUGUUUCUUUCUUCCUCCUUCUUCAAAAGGAGGGUCCAUUGAAAACAGUUUACAAUUUUUCCUGAUUUUGAAACUUUGUUUGAAGUCCUCUGAGAACCCAUAAUUCAUCAAAAUCUGCUCCUGAAUUGUAUGGGUGCUUUGGUUGUUGGUGGAGGAGGACAAAGAGAGCUCCUUCAUUCAAAACCAGAUGCAAGAUACUUCAGAACCACAAAUGGGAGGCAGGGAUGACGGUCCAGAAUUCUGACAUCAUCAAGAUCAAGAACAAUUUAGAAUGUUGUUUGGAAGUUGCUUCAGAUAAAUUAUGAUCCUUGUGGAUGAAACAUGCAAUUCUUGAUCUGGUUUUUUGCUGGGAAGAGGAAGAAGAGAAGAUUGUUGGUUUUUUAUUAGAAUUAGCCAAGUAGAAUCUUUUUCUAUUAUAAUAAAUCCAAUGGAGUCACCAAUAGAUCAGGCUCGGCUGCCAAUUGUUCCUUCUCACAGGAAGAAGAUGGCCAAACAACUAACAGGAAAACGGGAAGACACUCUUUUGCAUUCUGCAGCAAGAUCAGGAAAUCUUGCUGUGGUCAGAGAAAUCCUUACUACUACUGAGGAGGAAGAAUUGAAGCAAUUGUUAGCUAAACAAAACCAAUCUGGAGAGACAGCCCUUUAUGUAGCAGCAGAAUAUGGUUAUGUUGAUUUGGUUAGGGAGAUGAUAAACUACUACGAUCUUGCUGAUGCAGAGAUAAAAGCCAGAAAUGGUUUUGAUGCAUUUCACAUUGCUGCUAAACAAGGGGAUUUUGACAUGUUGCGAGUGCUACUUGAUGUCCAUCCUGAAUUGGCUAUGACUGUUGAUCUAUCAAAUACUACAGCUUUGCACACAGCUGCAACACAAGGGCACAUAGAAAUCGUCAAUUUUCUACUUGAGGCUGGGAGCAGCCUGGCUACAAUAGCUAAGAGCAAUGGGAAAACAGCACUGCAUUCUGCGGCAAGAAAUGGGCAUGUGGAGGUUGUGAGGGCGCUCUUGACUAUGGAACCUGAGAUUUCACCAAGAAUUGAUAAGAAGGGGCAGACGGCACUUCACAUGGCAUCAAAGGGGCAGAAUCUGGAGGUGGUGGAGGAGUUGAUAAGAUUGGAUCCCUUAUUGAUUAACAUGAUUGACAACAAGGGAAACACCCCCUUGCAUAUAGCAACUCGGAAGGGCAGAGCUCAGAUUGUUAGGUUACUUCUGUCAAACAAUGAAACCGACAUAAUGGCUGUUAACAGAACAGGGGAAACUGCUGUGGACACUGCAGAGAAAAUGGCGCAUCAUGAAAUUGAGACAAUCUUGCAGCAGCAUGGAGUUCAAAGUGCUAAAAUCAUCAAGCCUCAAACACCAAAUCCAGCUCGUGAGCUGAAACAAACUGUAAGUGACAUAAAACAUGAAGUGCACGAUCAGCUGGAACAUACCCGUCAAACAAGAAGGCGCGUACAAGGCAUAGCAAAAAGACUCAACAAAAUGCAUACUGAAGGUCUCAACAAUGCUAUCAACUCGACAACUGUUGUUGCCGUCCUCAUUGCCACGGUUGCAUUUGCUGCCAUUUUCACAGUUCCUGGCCAAUAUGUCGAUGACCCUACUGAUAUUCCUCCCGGCCAAUCUCUUGGAGAAGCAAAUAUAGCUCCUAAAACUCCUUUUAUAAUCUUUUUUAUCUUUGAUUCCAUUGCUCUCUUCAUUUCUCUAGCUGUUGUGGUGGUUCAAACCUCAGUGGUAGUCAUAGAGAGCAAGGCAAAGAAGCAGCUGAUGGCAAUCAUCAACAAACUAAUGUGGUUGGCUUGUGUGCUUAUUUCUGUUGCCUUUUUGGCAUUGUCAUUUAUUGUUGUCGGGCAGAAGGAAAUAUGGCUUGCAAUUGCAGUAACAAUCAUAGGAGCAAGUAUAAUGGUGAUCACAUUGGGCAUUAUGUGUUAUUGGGUUAUCAGGCACCGGAUCGAGGCCUCGAAUAUGAGAAGCAUACGAAGAUCCUCUCAGACCAGCAAGUCACGCUCCUGGUCACAGUCACAGAUACCGGAUUCCGGGAUCCUUAACAAUGACUUCAAGAGAAUGUAUGCAAUUUGAGGCUUUGUUUGUCAUAGCUAUUGAGAACAUCUAUUGACUGUCGGUCUAAUCCGGUGACUUUCAGCAAUCAAAUAUCGACUGUAACUUACUAGCUGUAUUUAAAUAGUUAAUUCAAAUAAAGCCUAAGAGCAUGUUUAGUAAAAUUUAUAAGUGUUU